CCCGGGGAUGGGAGGAGGAAAACCUCCCGCCGUCCCUUUAACAGCCAGCGGCGCUGCUCGGAGUUCAGGCCGGGGUCAGGGGGAGUUCGCAGCCCGGGUUUCACCUCCGAGCUGGCGGCGUUGGGAACCCCGAGGAACCGCUCCUGCUUCUUCCACCACCAUCUCCUCUUUUUCCUCCUCCUCUUCCUCCUCCUCCCGUUCCGUAGGACCGGCCGGGAGCGCGGGGUAUGGAGGAACAGCAGCAACAGAGGAGGAGGAGGGUGGAGGGGAACAGCAACCGGCGGCGGCCCCCCCGGGGCUGAGCCAUGAGAGUUCACCGAGACCUCGGCUGGUUGGCGGAGGCCACCGGGCGCCCAGGGCGGCGGGUGAGGAGCGGGAUGCUGGACGCCAUGGAGGUGCCGAGCCACUCGCGGCAGCUGCUGCUGCAGCUGAACACGCAGCGCACCAAGGGCUUCCUGUGCGACGUGAUCAUCGUGGUGCAGAACGCACUCUUCCGCGCACACAAGAACAUCCUGGCGGCCAGCAGCGCCUACCUCAAGUCGCUGGUGGUACACGACAACCUGCUCAACCUGGACCAUGAGAUGGUCAGCCCCAGCAUCUUUCGUCUUAUCCUCGACUUCAUCUACACCGGACGCUUGGGCGAGUGCGAGCCAGGCGGUGAGCAGAGCCUGGGCGCCGUGCUGGCUGCAGCCAGCUACCUCCAAAUCCCCGGCUUGGUGGCCCUUUGCAAGAAGAAGCUGAAACGCAGUGGCAAGUACUGCCACCUGCGUGGGGGCUAUGCGUCCUACAAGCUGGGCCGGGGGCUGCGUGCUGCCACGCCAGUCAUCCAAGCCUGCUACUCAGGGACGCCGCGGCCCGUGGACCUGCCACCUGUGGAGCCGGCAGCACCGCUGAACACGCAAUGUGGGGAGCUGUAUGCUUCUGCUGCCCAGGGCACCCCGCUGCACCCCCAUGGACUGUGCCCACCCGAGCGCCACUGCUCACCGCCCUGCGGCCUUGACCUCUCCAAGAAGAGCCCCACUGGCCCUUCCACCCAGCUCCUGCCCACUGACCGCCUCUUGCCCGGUGAGCCUCGUGAGCCCUCUCUGCCCCCACGACACGACAGCCCCCCUGUUAGUGCUGGACUCUUGGCCAGCCAUGCUGCUGCCUACAAGGACUCCCCACCGGGUGGCGAGCCAGGGGGGCACCCCCAUGUCCCUGACCCCUUCCGCAGUACGCCACCUUGCACCGAGCCCCCGCUGCCCCGUGCUGACGGGCGUGAGCUGAUGUACCGCUGGAUGAAGCAUGAGCCUCUGGGCCCUUACCUGGAUGAGGGAGACCCAGAGAAGGAGCUGGACCGUGAGGACAAGGCUGAGUCACCACCUGCAGCACCACAACCCCGCUACCCCAGUGUGGAGAGCAAUGACCUGGAGCCCGAUAACAGCACGAGUGAGGAAACAGGCAGCAGCGAAGGCCCCUCGCCUGGUGACGCACUGGACCGCUACUGCAACCACCUGGGCUACGAGCCGGAGAGCCUGGGCGACAACCUGUAUGUCUGCAUUCCCUGUGGCAAGGGCUUCCCCAGCUCCGAACAGCUCAAUGCCCAUGUGGAGGCCCACAAUGAAGAGGAGCUCUAUCACAAGGCAGCAGCCGAGCAGGCUGUGCCCUUCCUGGACAAGGGUGGCCCUGGGCUGGGUGACAUUCUACGACCCUACCGCUGUUCAUCUUGCGAUAAGUCCUACAAGGACCCGGCCACACUGCGUCAGCAUGAGAAGACGCACUGGCUGACGCGCCCCUACCCCUGCACCAUCUGCGGCAAGAAGUUCACACAACGUGGCACCAUGACCCGCCAUAUGCGCAGCCACCUCGGCCUCAAGCCCUUCGCCUGCGAUGCCUGCGGGAUGCGCUUCACCCGCCAGUACCGCCUGACUGAGCACAUGCGCAUCCACUCGGGCGAGAAGCCCUACGAGUGCCAGGUGUGUGGCGGGAAGUUUGCCCAGCAGCGCAACCUCAUCAGCCACAUGAAGAUGCACGCGGCCGGCCCCGACGGCAAAACUAAGCUGGACUUCCCCGACAGCGUCUACGCCAUGGCCCGACUCACCGCCGACCAGCUGGGGCUCAAGCAGGAGAAGGCGGCUGAGCUGCUCUCCCACACCUCACACUUCCUCAGUGACCCCAAGGCCAUGGAGAGCCUCUACCCGCUGGCCAAGUUCACGGCUGAGCACCUGGGGCUGAGCCAGGACAAAGCGGCCGAGGUGCUGGUGCAGGCUCCACACCUUCACGCCGAGGCCGCCCGGACCAUAGAGCGAUACUCACCUCCCUAGCGCCGGCCUGGCCGGGGGGUGAGGAGGGCCAUCGGGCUCCCCUCGCUGCCCCGUGUGGAGCUGGGGGUGGCGAGAGGCGGUGGGCGCACGUCCUCCCGCGUUGCCGAUGGCUCUGGAGAACUCGGUCGUAGCGGAAGGUCCCCUGAGAGCGGCCCCGGGACGGCAGGUCGGCGCGUCCCGCGACGAGCACCCCGGCUCGCCUGCGAGAAGCCGCAGAUUCAGGGACUGACCUUGUGGCGUGGCCCUGCCGGGCCGUGGGGGCUGCUGGGCCUCCGGCACCGGGGCGGGAGCGAAGCACAAGCUGUGAGGCUGGGCCGUGCCCCGAGGCUUUGGCGGACGUGAGCCUGCUCCUUACCUCAAGGCCAGCCCAGCGCUGGCCCCUGGGCGAGGGGGCACCCUUGGCAGCUGUCCAUGUUGCCCUGGCCCCACGCUGAGCUCUGUCGUACUGGGACCUGGACUGUGCCACCUUGGCCGCCGCGGGCCCGUGAGUAGUUCGUCCAUCGCGGCUGCGGCAGCUGUCCUGGCCGGGAGCAGCGAGUGUGGCCAUGCUGGAGCUGGGGGGGUUUGUGCUGGCCAGACCCUCCCAGGGCCAUGCUGGGAGCUCGGGGACAGACUGACGGAGGGGAACGGUGGGGUCUGAGGAGCGGGAGGUGGGAAGGAGGUCGGGCCCGUGCCAGCGGGGGCUGGGGAACGGCGACGCUCCGCACCCCGGAGCAAGCACUGAGCUCUCGGCCCGGACUCGGCCACCAGCACCCUGCGCUUUCGGGAGGUGGGGCAGGGCCUGUCACAGACUGAGCCCCUGGGCCCCGCCCCAGCCACCGGGGAUGCCCGGGGGGGAGCUCUGGAAGCCCAGGGACCUGGUGGCUUUGCCCCCAGGUGGCCACUCGCCUUGAGUUUUGUUUUCAAUGUGGUGGUUUUGGUUUUGUUGUUUUCAUUUUGCCAAAGAUGCCCGCCCCGGUGCGGCCGGGCUCGGGCCGGGGAGGCCACGACAAAGACAAAGCGUCUGGUUUGUCAGCUACGGAGGGGUGGGCAGGGGCUGCGGGAGGGGGCCGGGGGCUGGGCAGAGCCGGGGAGCCUAAGGACUGCCCCAGGCUAGGCUGCAGUGACCUGGGCCUAAGCCCUCCGCCACAGGGCAACCCCUGCCACCACUGCACCCCUUCUCCUGCCGCCUGCUCCGUGCGGGCAAAGCCUGCCUCUGGUCUGCCCACCCCGGCCCCCGGCCCGUGCCCUGACCCCUGUGCCUGGGGCUAAUGUGAAGCUUCUCCCCUCCCCAGCGCUCUCCUCUCCUUUGCACACACGAGGUCCACAGGACGGCCGCCCGCAGCGACUGUCCCUGGCCUCGCAGCCACUGUGCCUUAGCCUGACUUGGCUGCUUCUGCCCAGGUGCCCCCCUCGCCCCCACCCUGGGCUUCCCGGGUCUCCCCUGGGCUGGCAGGAUCCCUCUGGAGCUGCUCUGGGGCGAGUGGCAGCAGCACCCAAAGCAGAGUUGGCAGCCCCCAGUGGGGCCCUUGGCCCCCUCUGUAUCACGUCCAAUUUGUACACGGGCUCCUUGCCCUUAUUUUUUUCUAUAGUCAAAACCGAAUGAGCAAUAAAAUGACAUUAACAUGA